UGAGUAACGAUCACUAGGAUACACACACAGGGUGAGUAACGAUCACUUGGACACACACACACACAGGGUGAGUAACGAUCACUUGGAAACACACACAGGGCGAGUAACGAUCACUUGGCUUCAAUCAGUGUAGGUGAAGGGGAGGAGACGGGUUAAAGAAGGAUUGUUAAGCCUUGAGACAUGGAUUGUGUGUGUUGUGUAACAUUCAGAGGGUGAAGGGGUAAGACAAAUGAAAAGUGCCUUUGAACGGGGUCUGGCAGUAGGUGUCAAGCGCCUCCAGUUUGAGUAUGUCAAGACCUGCAACGCUGCUGGGUUUUAUCACACUCAACGGUUUCAACACCCAGCCAACUUGACACAACUGUGGGAAGCAUUGGAGUCAACAUGGGCCAGCAUCCCUGUGGAACGCUUUCGACACAGUGAGAGAAAGACUCCCAUUGCAGUGACAAGUCUGAAGAAUGCAGUCAGGUGUGAUCAGCCUCCACUGAGCUGAUCAGACAGUCAUGUUCACCUCUGUCACUCAACUAGACUUCUCUCCCCCGCUAAGGGAGUGCUUUAAACAGCAGGUCUCUGUCACGCUCUCACUCCCAUAACAGCUCACCUGUCCCCCCCAGCACACUGCAACCCACAGGUGGAAUGUCCUCAUAGAAAUAACAAUACUAGACCGGGCAUCCCCAUUCAAGUCAAUGUAAUUCUACUUCUAUGGGUGUAGCCAACUGUACAAUUGAUUGAGGGGGGCAGGGCUCAGAAACCUCACGGCUGCUACUCCAUCCCUGUCUGUGUCUCCGCGAGGGUUUUUCACUCAGUAGCAGCAGUAGGUAACGACAGGUAAUAGGUGUUGAUCAGAGAGCCUUGUACAGCUUCACUAUGAACCUGCAGAGCAACGGCCUGUCUGUUCAGUGGUACCUGAAGUCCAAGCCGGUGGGAAAGGUGAGGCGGCGUGUACAGGAGAUGAAAAACCCAUCCGUGUCCCUGGUGUCGGGCGACGUUGACCUCAGCCACAACGAGAGCACCAGAUUGGCCAUGGACGCCUUGCUGAACCAGGGAUUGGACAUGUACCAGGAAGUACUGGCCGGAGAGGGCGAGGUGGACUUCCUGUCCAAGGAGGAGAAAGGUUAUAUCCUGGAGAACACUACAGACCUGAGCACCAGCAGUCUGUGUGGGACGGAGAACGACGACCAGGCAGAGGGCACCUCUUCCCAGACAAACACCUAUUGUCCAUCGGUGUUGGAGAGCGAGCCCCCUGGCUUGGACCAUGGCUGGCCGGCAGAGGACUGGAGCUACCGCCUGCAGGGUGAACCCAGUGUAGAGGUCUACUUCCAGUCUGAUAGAGCAGCCGGCAUGAAAGAUCUGCUCAGGGAGUUCAUCAGCAAGGCCACAAUGGUUCUGGCCAUUGUAAUGGACACAUUCAGUGAUGUGGAGAUGUUCUGUGACAUCCUGGAGGCAACCAGGAAGAGGAAUGUGUCUGUCUACCUGCUCCUGGACCAUAUCAACCUGCAGGUCUUUGUCAAGAUGUGUGAGACGCUACAGAUCAACAGUAAUCACCUCACUUCUCUGUUCCUCAGUUUCACCUGGCUGUCCUGUUCUCUGUUCCUCAGUUUCACCUGGCUGUCCUGUUCUCUGUUCCUCAGUUUCACCUGGCUGUCCUGUGCUCUGUUCCUCAGUUUCACCUGGCUGUCCUGUUCUCUGUUCCUCAGUUUCACCUGGCUGUCCUGUUCUCUGUUCCUCAGUUUCACCUGGCUGUCCUGGCAGGUCCACAGAAGUCUGGCUGUGCUCUUCAAGGGCAGCGCGGUCAAGCCUUUCGACCUGGAGUUCAGGAAGCUCUACGCCAGCUCCAAGCCUGUGCCAGCCUUCCUCACCGUGGCAACGGAGUUCAACCUUACCAGGCCGCUUAUCACCCAUCAAGCAGCAGCCACCUCAACCCCACUGACUAACCUUCCUUGCCCCAGUUCUGGUACCACGACCCAGAACAGAUACUUCAACAACCAGGCUAUGGAUCAACCAACCACCACAGUUGUGCCCAGAUUCAACACUCAAUCUACUGUUCAACCAACCACCACAGCCCAGCUCAGAUACUCUAGCCAAAACCCAACGGUUCAGCUAACUACAACCACCCAGCAAAGACACCCCAACACUCAGCCAACCGCACCACCAGCCCCCCAGCAGAGACACCCUAACACUCAGCCAACAGCACCAACAGCCUCCCAGCAGAGACACCCCAACACUCAGCCACCAGCCUCCCAGCAGAGACACCCCAACACUCAGCCAACAGCACCACCAGCCUCCCAGCAGAGACACCCCAACACUCAGCCAACAGCACCACCAGCCUCCCAGCAGAGACACCCCAACACUCAGCCAACAGCACCACCAGCCUCCCAGCAGAGACACCCCAACACUCAGCCAACAGCACCACCAGCCUCCCAGCAGAGACACCCCAACACUCAGCCAACAGCACCACCAGCCUCCCAGCAGAGACACCCCAACACUCAGCCAACAGCACCACCAACCUCCCAGUGCUUGGUGAAUCAGUCUUACUACACAGGUCCCCGGAGCCACAGGUUUGACUGGAUCACACAGAGACACACUGCAACCAGGCCUGUCCUGUUCCAGAGAACCUUCUCCAGUGAUUAUAGUACUGGAGACAACCUGACCUGGCGACCCUUUAACAGCAAUUACCUUCUUUAUGGAGGGACAACCGGCUUGUUGGACAGACACCUACUUCUCAAGACUGGCCAGUGGUUUACUGUUCCUAAAUAACUGAAAUGGCAUCAUAUUGAAAUUUGACAGUACACCCUGUUUGAGGUAAAUUAUGUUAUCUCACAACUGAAAAUGGGCAAGUAACCUUCAUAGAGUAAAUGUGCCUGUUUUGCUUUGCUUGAUGCCUGGACUACAGGAGUAGUACUUCAAUCACAUCAUUAUCUCAUAAGGAUGAUCAUUGUCUGCCUUCAGGCUGAGAGCUUUGUGUUCCAGUACAUGUUAAUUAAAUGGUGUAAAAACAACAUGUCACAGACAUGAAUUCCUCUUCCACCCAUCAACCCUGAUAGAACCACGCUGAGUGACAGCCUAGUGAUGUGUGCUACGCUUAGCCAAGGGCCGGGCCUCUUAACAGACAUACCUUCUGACAUAUCUUCUGAUCCAUACACUGUCAAGCCCGAGGUAAUGCAGAAUGGCAAAUCAAAAGUUUGUCACACUUUUUCCAAAUGGUUCUACUUUGAAAUUCAAUACAAUGAUGAUCUAAUUAAACUGUACUGUAGAUUGUGACAAUAUUUCAUUUCAUAUGGCGGUCAGCACAUUGUUACACGCAAUAUUAAAAAAUAAAUACAUUAAUCAAAAUGUGUAGCCUAGUUGGUCUUUACAGAGGGUAUUUUAGGUCCAUCCUCCUUCAGUACUCCUGUCUGU